CCCCAAAUCUUAGUUUGGUCAGACCUUCCCCUAAUAUGGUGCUGGGAAGAUCAUACUGUGCAGGGAAGGAGGGGGCAGUGGGCUGAGACUACCCCACAUUACAAGCAGAUACAGGACAGGAUUUUUAUCUCCCCAUCCCUGCUCUUCUCUCAGUCAGUAUUCAGCAUCCAGGGGACAGAGAGCAUCUUCCAGGAGCAAACUGUGAGUUGGAGGUUCCCAACAGCCAUGGCCAACAAAGGUCCAUCUUACGGCAUGAGCCGCGAUAUACAAUCUCGUCUUGAGAAGAAGUAUGAUGAUGAACUUGAAGUGCGAUUGGUGCAGUGGAUCAAGAUUCAGUGUGGGAGUGAUGUUGGGUCGCCUGAUGAGCAAGGAAGACUUGGUUUUCAGCAGUGGCUAAAAAAUGGAGUGAUCCUCUCAAAGCUGAUCAACAGCCUGUAUCCCAAGGGAUCCCAACCAGUCAAGAUUCCUGAUCCUCCCCCAAGCAUGGUCUUCAAGCAAAUGGAGCAGGUGGCACAGUUUCUGAAGGCAGCAGAGGAAUAUGGCGUGGUGAAAACAGACAUCUUCCAAACUGUAGACCUAUACGAAGGAAAGGACAUUGCGGCCGUGCAGAGGACGAUUGUGGCUCUUGGCAGCAUUGCUGUUACCAAGAAUGAUGGACAAUACCAAGGAGACCCCUCGUGGUUCAUGAAGAAAGCGCAAGAACACAAACGGGAUUUCUCUGAUGAUAAACUGAAACAGGGAAAGCAUGUCAUUGGUUUGCAGAUGGGCAGCAAUCAGGGUGCCACCCAGGCUGGCAUGACGGGUUACGGACGUCCCAGACAGAUUAUCGGCUAAAUUUGAAACACGCGUAAGAGACCUUUUAACCUCUUUACUGCUGGAAGUACAUUGUUGCCCAGUGGUUUCAGCAGUGAAGGGGUUACACAAUGCAAUCAGAAAAACUACUUACCCCAGUGCACCCGCUAUUAUGCCAAAGUGGGGAAGGGGGGGAAAAAAAAUACUUUAAUCUAUCUUGAAAUAGGCAUCUGAAUUUAUUUUUUUCAAAAAGGGCUAAUUAUAAUUCCCUCUGUAACAAUAGAAGUUUAUUGUGACCGUCCUCACACAUCAUUAGUCCUAAGGAGGAAUUAAUAAUAUUAAUUAAUUCAGCUAGCGGCAGACAGGAUUAAUAUUGGAUUUGUAAUCAUUAAACUGCCUGUGCAUGGCUGCUAACUGCCACAUUCCUGUUGUAGAAUGGGUAAACGGCGUCACGCAAGCCUUGAAUUCCUGCCUCAGGAUAGGAGGCAAGGUAGAUAGUCUGUAUAAUCGAAACAAGCAACGCUUUCCCAUAUAUAGUCAGUCUGUAUUCAUCCUCUCUCCACUGCUGAAGCAACUUUAUAAGAAUUUCUCAAACUCCUCACAAUCAGACACUACCCUUUAUUCUCCCUACAGCAAUAAGCAAGAAAUCAUCUAGCUUUUGUAGACUACUAUCCAUAUCAUCCUCAGACAGCAACUUGCUAGAACUAGCACCACUGCUAAUGCGCCACGUUAAGGGUGACACAGAUGUCAGGACAGACUUGAAAAUUUAGACAAAGAAUGAGAGUUGGGGAAAAAAAACAGUAGUUUCCAUUUCAGUUGAAAUGAAGGGUUUCCACCCCCCAAUCCGAAUAUUUUGUCCUAAAUUUUUGUAAGUCGGUUCAGCUUGCCAUUUAGAGAAUAGACCCCUUUUCAGUGUUCCAGAAGUCCUGUACAUCAUUCCAUCUCUCUACACUUCCCUGCACCGCAUAUAUGCCUGACACUAAAAUCAUUCUUCCUUUACUGAAGUCUUAAAUCAAACAGGAUGUUUGCCUAGAACGUCGUUUUAAAAUGGAGAAAGAAACCAAUGUUUUGUACUAUUUUUUUUUUUGUUGGAUAAAAUAAACAUGUUUAAAUCAUUA